AUGAGCCCACGACUCGGACAACGUACAGCGCCCUUGUGGUGGGCCACCGCCGUCCUCGCCGCGUGCAGGGACGACAUCAUCACCCUCUGGGAGGACCCUGUCGUGAGGGCCAUCCUCAAGCGGCGGGACGUCGCGGCCUUCCUCAACAACGCCGCGCGCAUUGCGAACGUGAACUACGAGCCCGCCGAUGAGGACAUCGUGCGUGCGCAGCUGCGCAUGCUCGACGUCGAGGAGCACCGCUUCACGAUGGAGAGCGGCACGCUCCUCGGCUCCGAGUGGUACAUCUACGACGCCAUCAUCUUCCUCGCGCCCCUCGCCUGCAACUUCAUGCUCGAGGAGGACUCCAAGGUCAGCCGCCUGGAGGACUUGAUCAUGCUCUGGAAGGAGAUCUGCUAG